AUGAAACUCGUUCGUAAUUAUAAGCUUUUCCCAGGCCGAAACAAGUUCUUCUGUGGCGGACGAUUAAUGACAAGCAGAGAGUACUGGGCAUUCAUUUUGGCAUUAAUAUUGCUGAUUGCACCUUCUGUAUUGUUUGGUAUUUUCACCUGUCCGUUUAUUUGGGAGCAUGUUCAUCCAGCCAUUCCUAUUGUAUUCGCCUAUCUGUUUGUGCUAUCAUUGACAUCCAUGAUCAAGACUUCUUGGACCGACCCUGGCAUUAUACCCCGUGAUUUGGAUCCGUUUCCAGUAUUAGAGAGAUACGAGGAUCCCGGAUCUCCAUACUCUGAAUCCAUGUGGCAUCACGGUGUACCUAGUCAAAAGGAGGUGCGCAUCAAAGACAAGACAUGGACAUUACGCUACUGUGAUACAUGCCGUAUAUAUCGGCCACCUCGGGCAUCGCAUUGCCGUCAAUGCGAUAAUUGUGUUGAGGUGGAAGAUCAUCAUUGCAUUUGGCUUAACAAUUGUAUUGGCUCACGCAACUACCGACCCUUCUUUGUCUUUAUCAACACUGCCACUUUGUUAUGUUUAUUCGUGAUUGUGUUCUCAAUUGUUCAUCUACUACUUGUCUGGAGAGAACAAAACACUACCCAACAAGUAACGUUCAAUUCGGUAUUCGAUGCAGCGCCAGUCAGUUUCGUAUUGGCUAUCGUAUGCUUGGUUCUCCUUUUAAUGGUGGGCGGUCUUACACUAUACCAUUGCUCCUUAAUUUUGCGAGGUAUCACCACGCAUGAACAGCUACGUGCGUCUGUGAUGACCAAGCACUCAGAUCUGAGCGCCAACCCCUACAACAAAGACAAUCCAGUUCUAAACAUGGCAACUGUUUUGUGUCGUCCUCGUCCAAAAAGGUAG